AUGUCCGCCUUUUACCCCAACUUCAACAUUGAUGCCCUCAAGCAGUUUGCUAUUGAGACGGUAGCGGCUGAGCACCGCUCCCGAAAUGCCAUAGGAGGGACCAAGCAGUCAAAUACCGACGUUCAACCCCGAAUUCUCAGUUGCAGGAAUAUCAACUGGGGUGGCGAUGAGAUGAUAAUGAUUGAAUUUGAUCCAGAAUCUCUGCCUCUGGGCCCCCGGACAAUGAUGGCCCACUUCCCUAUAGGCCGACCUGGAAUGACAACACAAGCACUGAUUGGCAUGACCGCCACAAUGCGUACCAUUCGCCUCCGAUCUCAGUUGCAAUUGGUUAUUCCGCAGGUUUAUGGGUUCAAGGAUUUCUUGCCAAACCCUAUAGGCGCAGAGGUGGUGCUUCUCCAAAAGAUUGCUGGGCACCCUCUGGACGAAGUCUGGCACACUUUACCUGGUCACCGCCGCCUUCGGAUAGUAGCGAAGGUCACCGAGUUCCUCCUGGCCAUGUUCAAUUAUCGAUCCGACAUCAUGAACACCGAGCUACAAGGUUCAAGUACCGGUGGUAUGAACACGUCGGCUAUUGCUGGGAAUCGCGAGUUACUUCUUGCUCCCGCAUUCGAUCAGGGCCCAUUAGCUACUUUGCCUCCGCAGUCAGCUGUCGGCUCCAUCGAGGAGUACCUUCGCGCACUCUCCAGUCGCGUCGACCGUGUUUUCGCAUUGCCGGAGACUAACCAAGCCGCGCGAAAGUCGAAUCAUCCGGACGAACCACCGCUGUCGGACGAAGACGUUGCAAGGAUCCGUGAAACUUGGAAGCGGCUGGCCCGCCUCAUCCCUUUCCACAUCGGAGGUUUUUAUUUACCCAACACGCUUUCCAAAGAAGCCUACGAGAUGGCUCGAAAAGUACUGCAAAGCCCGCAAUUUGGAAUUUUUCAUAGCGACAUGCAGAUGUCGCGGUUUAUUGUAGAUUUCAGCGGCCCCCUGAUCACCUACAGUAGCGGUGAGGGUGGGGCAACGUGGACAGAACCAGAUGUUAUUGUGGGACUCACCGGGUGGGAGCAUGCACGUUGGGCGCCGUUGUGGUCGUGUGCAAGGAUGCCCAAGUGGUUACAGCCCCACAUCACGCCUGGGGAGAUCGUGCCAUGGGAGCGGCAGAGUUACUAUCGGUCAAUGAUCAUGGCCAUGGUCGCUCGGCCAGGGGCCGUCCCACAUUCGUUGGAUUGGAUUAUUGCCUAUGUUUACGGCGCAACGGAACGAUGGUUCGAAGGUUGCCUGAGUUCCCACUGGAGGUUUCGCGGCACAAUAGAGGUUCUCCUCACAAGGUUGAAGUUCUACUGGGCUAAGCACAAGCCGGAAGUGGCGUUUCCUUUGCCAGUCGGGAAGGCCUACACGGCGAUUGCGCAAACAUCAGCAUCGAUACCAAUGGGAGGACCGAAGCCGGCACAAACGAAUGAGGAGGAGAAGAGGAUUGCGAAAGGAAAGAGGAAGUCGAAGUCGAAGGCGGGAUGA